CCGGAGUCGGCUGAACCAAGAUGGCGACAGUGAGGGGGCAGCUGCGGCAGAGACUGGUGGGCUUGGCGUCCGUCAGGGCUGUCAGCACCUCAUCUGUGAGUACUUUACCAAAGCAGGUGAAAAUUGUGGAAGUUGGUCCCCGAGAUGGACUACAAAAUGAAAAGUGCAUUGUACCUACUCCCGUGAAAAUCAGGUUGAUAGACAUGCUGUCUGAAGCAGGGCUUCCCGUCAUAGAAGCCACCAGCUUUGUGUCCCCCAAGUGGGUUCCUCAGAUGGCUGACCACACCGAAGUCUUGAAGGGCAUCCAGAAGUUUCCUGGCAUCAGCUACCCAGUCCUGACCCCAAAUUUCAAAGGCUACCAGGCAGCAGUUGCUGCAGGAGCAAAGGAAGUGACCAUCUUUGGAGCUGCCUCUGAGCUCUUUACCAAGAAGAACAUCAACUGCACCAUAGAUGAGAGUUUACAGAAGUUUGACCAAGUCUUGAAGGCAGCUCGAGCAGCUAGUAUCCCUGUGCGGGGGUACGUCUCCUGUGUGCUUGGAUGCCCCUAUGAAGGGAAGAUGUCCCCGGCCAAAGUAGCUGAGGUCGCCAAGAAGAUGUACUCAAUGGGCUGCUAUGAGAUCUCCCUGGGGGACACCAUUGGUGUGGGCACCCCUGGCAUCAUGAAGGAUAUGCUGUCUGCUGUCAUGCACGAGGUGCCAGUGGCUGCUUUGGCUGUCCACUGUCAUGAUACCUAUGGCCAGGCUCUGGCCAACACCUUGAUGGCCUUGCAGAUGGGAGUGAGUGUCGUGGACUCUUCUGUGGCAGGACUUGGAGGCUGUCCCUAUGCACAGGGGGCAUCGGGAAACUUGGCCACUGAGGACCUGGUCUACAUGCUGGAGGGCUUGGGCAUUCACACGGGUGUGAACGUCCAGAAGCUCCUGGAAGCUGGGACCUUUAUCUGUCAAGCUCUUAACAGAAAAACCAGCUCCAAAGUGGCUCAGGCUACCUGUAAACUGUGAGCCCCUAGCCCACCUGAAGCUCUCAGGACUGUGUGGGAAUAGAGGCACAUCUGAAUGAUUCACUGAUGGACACAUGGAAAUGGGAAUUAAAUUAACAGGAACAGGUAUCUCUCUGGCAGGACACCUGAGUAUGAAUGAGAGGCUUUAGGGGCUAGAGGCCUCCCUUCACCAUGGACCCAACAGCCCAGUAGUUGAAUCCCUGAGGGCACUUGGGAACCCAAUUCCCUGGCUUGGGUUGAUCCUCAAGUCUUAUCUCUAGGUGAAAUCUGCCAGGUGGCUACACAGCUCAACCCUGCCAUGCCCUUGGUGCCUUGCUCUCUGACUUUGUAGUGCAAAAGGGCAUGGAGGGGUUUUUCCCUGAGCUGGCAGAGGGCAUUUGCUGAAGGGGUGAGGGCUAAGCUUCUGCACUGGCCACCUGCCAACUCUGGCACCUCUGGAAAAAUCUCUGAACAUGAUUUUUGAAAAUAGCUAUGUAAUUAAAGGUUUAAUGACACAGAA